AUGGAAAAAUCGAGCGAGUUUGUCCGGACCUUUCGCUCCUUGUCUCGCAAGGAUGUGGCCUUGGUUGGCGGCAAGAACGCAUCACUGGGUGAGAUGAUUAGCGCUCUUGAUAGCGAGGAAAUUGCCGUGCCACAUGGCUUUGCCACAACAUCCCACGCAUACUGGCAAUUUGUUGAGGUCAAUGGCAUCUGCAGCAGGCUUGAAGCGGCCAUUGACCACUGGCGUCAGGGCAAGACAAACCUGGUUGAUACGGGCCACACCAUCAGAUCCUUGUUCCUCGGGGCUUCCUGGCCACCCCCGGUCGCGGCUGCGAUUGAGGCUGCUUACCUCGGCCUCGGAGCCCAGGCGGGGGUGGACGAUCCGAGCGUUGCAGUCAGGUCAAGCGCCACAGCAGAGGAUCUCCCUACCGCGAGCUUUGCGGGGCAGCAAGAGUCGUACCUGAACAUACGCGGCGCCGAGGAAGUGCUGGCCGCCUGCCGGCGAUGCAAUGCGUCGCUCUUCACGGACCGGGCCAUCAGCUACCGCGAAGCCAAGGGAUUCGACCACACGAGCGUGGCGCUCUCGGUUGGUGUGCAGCAUAUGGUCCGUGCGAACCGGGCAGGGACCGGGGCGGGGGUCAUGUUCACGAUCGACCCGGAGAGUGGCUACGACCAAGUGGUUCUGAUCAACGCGUCCUGGGGUCUGGGCGAGACUGUCGUGCAGGGCACGGUCGAUCCAGACGAGUACGAGGUGUUCAAGCCGCUGAUUGGUAGUGGGGGCGGUGUUGUCCCCAUUGUGAGCAAGACGUGUGGAAGCAAGGCCAUCAAGAUGGUGUAUGGAGGCGAGGCGGAGACGGACGCUCCAACGACUAGCGUGCCGACGACCGCGGCCGAGCGUGCGAGCUUCGUGCUCAGCGAUCCUGAAAUCCUGCAGCUUGGACGAUGGGCAUGUGUGAUUGAGAGGCACUACGGCUGCGCCAUGGAUAUCGAAUGGGCAAGAGAUGGAGUUUCGGGCGACCUCUUUGUGGUCCAGGCGCGACCCGAGACGGUGCACUCGCAGAUGGGCCGGCCUGGCUCUUCUGGCGAAGUGGCUCAGACAUAUGUUGUCCGUGAGCCUGGACCGGUCCUGGCCAGUGGGCAUGCCAUCGGGACCGCCGCAGUGGCAGGCCGUGUCUGCCACAUUGCGUCGGCUCGCCACAUGGACCGCUUCGUCGACGGCUCCGUCCUCGUCACGGAGACCACGGACCCGGACUGGGUGCCGCUCAUGCGCCGCGCCGUGGCUGUUGUCACCGACCACGGAGGGCGCACCUCGCACGCUGCCAUUGUCAGCCGCGAGCUUGGUGUUCCCGCCGUUGUUGGCUGCGGCAAUGCCACCCGCGUGCUGCAUCCCGGCCAGGACGUGACGGUGGAUUGCUCGCAGGGCACCAGGGGUCGUAUCCACGCUGGGCAGUCCGAGGUCGUGACGGAGACGCUCGAUCUCGCCGCCCUCGGUCCAGCUCACACAAAAGUCAUGCUCAACCUGGCGGACCCUGCCGCGGCGUACCGCUGGUGGCGGCUGCCCCAUGACGGCGUGGGCCUCGCACGCAUGGAGUUUGUCAUCAGCAGCGUUAUCCAGGUGCACCCCCUGGCCCUUCUGCACUACGAUGAGCUCCCAGAUGGCGACGACAAGCGACAAAUCGCCCGCCUGACUGCCGCGUACAUGUCCAAGGAGGACUAUUUCGUGGACAAGCUGUCGCGAGCGCUGGCUGCCCCGUGCGCCGUGGCGUAUCCCAGGCCCGCAAUCAUUCGUACAUUACAUCGUCUGUGCUCGUAA